AUGACCCGCAGAGCGACACAGGUCCCUUUCACAGAGAAGCUCAAGGUGGUGAAGAUCCAGGGUGAUGGUCGAUGCAUGUUCCGAGCCAUCGCGCAGGGGCUGGCCAGGAACAAAGGCAUCUUCCUAGGACCUGAAGUGGAGGUCCAGGAAGCAGACCAGCUGCGGGGUGCUGUGACCGAAGGCCUAUGUCGCUCCAAGAAGCGCCGGGCGGACUUCAAGGAGGCGCUCGUUUCCAUCCAGACCGAGGACAGCCUUGACAAUUACUGUCGCCGGCUGCAAAACCCAAGCUUCUGGGGAGGGGAGCCGGAGCUGCUUGUGCUCUCAAAGAUGCUCAGGGUACCCAUCUACGUCUAUACAAAGGAGCAGGGGUUUGCGGCAGGGUACUCGCCACUGUACAAGGUCGGGGAGAAGUUUGCCAAAGCGGGCAAGGACUGGAAAAAGCGAAAACCUGUCAAGCUGCUGUACAGCAACGGCAACCACUACGACCUCCUGACAGGGUGA